AUGGAAGUCAAGCCCCCGGACAUAAUUGCUGGGCUUACAAGACAACUUUCCGUCAACUGUUCUUUCACACGAACUGAUAUUACAAACAUGGUGAAACUCUUUUCUCUGGUCAUCACCCAGUCAAAUGAUACCGAAAAUCUGAAUUUUUACUACCAGGCUUCCGUGGAUGAAUUGGACGGUCUCAACAACGUCACUGGUAAUGUCUCUGGACAUUUAGACAACAGACAUGAAUCUUACAUAGCAAUGAAGUGGGACACUCCUAGAUCUUCACUGACAGGGUGGUACAGCUGCGAAGCGAAUGGAGAAAGUCUAAAUGGACAGGUGGUGAAAAUAACUAAAACGGUAAAAGUUCAAAUAUCUAAUCCGACCAUAGAAGACCUGCUAGACGUCCUUGAGCACCAGUCUUCCAUUCUAGAGCAUCAGUCCUCGUUACUGGAACUUCAAUUUUCUACAAUUGAGCUUCAUUCCUCUAAAAUUGAGACUCAAUCCUCUAAAAUUGAUCUGCAAUCCUCUAAAAUUGAGAAUCAAUUCUCUGUAAUUAAUCUUCAAUCCUCUAAAAUUGAGAACCAAUCCUCUCUAAUAGAGCUCCAGUCCUCACAGAUUUCAAAACUUCAACAAGAUCUCGAUCAAAUUGGCUCGUCUGUCAUUGAAAAUUGCAUAUGUUGUGAGAGAUUCAACGAGUCUCUUAAAUCUUUGUAUCGCAUUUCUGCCUUACACAAUGGCAGUCGUUACUAUCUGUCUCCGUCGUCAAAAAUACUUUUAGUGAAAGAAGCCGAGGCGCAGUGUGAGUUAAUGGGGGGCUAUCUUACAGAGAUGGACAGCGAGCAAGAGUAUCUCUUCGUCAAGAGCUUCGUGAAGAACACAACCGGGUAUGAUUUUAUUUUCAUCGGGGGAAACGAUGAAGUUUCAGAGAACGCCUGGGUCAACACCUACAGCAAAACUCCCGUGAAGUACAUCAAAUGGGGACCACAGCAGCCAGACCAGGGACGGGCGGCCAAUUGUCUGUCUUUA